AUGUCAUUUAGAAAGAGAGGCGAAGUUCUCAAUGGAAGAGAAAGCACAGCAAGAGGCGUUUCGGGAGGAAACAGACUUCCUCAACGAACUCCACUCAACACACCCAUGAGAGGUCCUGUGUCAGGCAGUAGACAACCAACAUUAUCUGGUAGGAUGGCUAACUUGAAAGUUAGAGAGCAGUUGCCUGUGGAUGUGCAAGAGCAAGCUCAGGCUCAAGAUCAAGAUCUAUUGGAUGUAAAUCAUCCUGGAAUUAGACCCUCACCUGUAAGUGCUCAUCUAUCAACAUCUACUGGUUGUAGUGAUUUGGAUAAAGUGCUGACUCAUCAGGGACUUCCAUUAGGGAACUCCAUAUUAGUAGAGGAACAGGGAACCACCGAAUUUAACUCUAUUUUAUCCAGAUUAUUUGCUGCACAAGGUGUCGUGUACAAUAGAAUUGGUGGUGCUCCUAACGCAGGUAAUACACAUUUAAUUGUAUUAAGUUUGAAUCAGAGUUUUGCCAAAGAACUACCUGGGAUAUAUAAAGGUUCACGUAAGGACGUGAAGAAAUCUCAAAUCUCUGAAGAACAAUCAAAAAUAUCUGUUCAAAACUUGAAUGAACAAAAUAAUGCUACCACACCACAGAGAUAUAAGGAUUUCAAGAUUGCAUGGAAGUAUAGGUUCCAUGAUGAGAAGAAGAAUGGCCAAGAAAAUCUGGUGGAUUCCAAUGAAAAUGAGUAUAGAGAUUAUAAUCACCAAUUUGAUAUUACAUCUCGUAUGAUGCCUGCGCCAACAUCAUCUGAGAUUACAUUUAUUUCUCCCAUCCAACCAAUUCCAAAUGUAAUUACACAGUUGGAAAAAACCAUAAAUUUGCAUAGCAAUAAAUUAAUUAGAAUUAUAAUUCCAUCGUUGUUGCACCCGGCCAUGUAUCCACCAAAGAUGUUCAAUUUGACUGGAAUUAUUGCAUUAUUACAUGGGCUAAGGAGUAUCAUUAAGAAAUAUGGAGACAGAUGUGUCAUGUUUGGUACCAUCUCAUCAGAUUUAUUUGGACCAUUGUUAUUGACUCAAUUGGAAAAUUUGUUUGAUUCAGUGGUAAAGUUGGAACCAUUCCCUCAGGAGAUGUUACAAUGGUUAGAGAAGAUUUAUAAGUCCCAACCAAGCAAGGUUCAGCAUGGGCUAUUGCAUGUUUUUAAGUUACCUGUAUUUAGUGAACGUGGUGAAAUGCGUGUCACCAAAUCCGAAUGGGCUUUUAGAAACGGUAGAAAGAAAUUCGAGAUUGAAGAAUGGAGUAUCCCAGUGGAGGAUACUGAAGAUGAGAACCCUAAUCAAAAGAAUGAGAAAUCAAUGAACCGUCCUGAGAAUAACGAUCCCACUGGAAGUUCAGGGAAGAGUACCACAAUUUCUUUAGAUUACUGA